AUGUCAUCAAAUAAAUAUUGGAAGUGUUAUUUCCUGUGUGAAACAGAUGGUGUUUUACAUCGUUUUCCAAAUCCUCAACAUAACGAAGAGAGGUUUAAUUUAUGGAUGAAAGUUCUAGAUAGUGAAAUGCAGAAAAGAGGUGUUCAAUAUAUUUAUAACAACAUGCGACUGUGUGACCAACAUUUUGAAUUGUGGUAUCGCACACCCAGUAGGAAACUAACAAGGAAUGCAUUCCCAACUUUGAAUAUUGCUUUAUAUGACAUGACUCAACCAGUACUUAUCCUUGACUUGCUGGUAAAUAUGGUACCAGAAGAAGUUCUAUGCUCACUGGAAGAUAAAUCUGUUCGAAUAGAAAUAUACUGGACAUGGAAAUAG